AUCAUCCCAGAGGACAUGGAUUUGUUGACAGCAUUGGAGUUGACUCUUAGGAAAGCUCGUGCUCAUGGUGGUGUUGUUCGUGGUCUCCACGAAAGCGCUAAGCUUAUUGAGAAACGUGUUGCUCAGCUGUGUAACCAGCCUGAUUACGUCAAGCUUGUUAAGGCUCUAUGUGGUGAUCACAGCAUCAACUUGCUUACCGUUCCAAGUGCCAAGACCCUCGGCGAAUGGGCUGGUCUCUGUAAGAUUGACUCCGAGGGUAAUGCUAGAAAGGUUGUUGGAUGCUCCUGUCUUGUAGUCAAGGACUACGGUGAGGACACGACUGCACUCAACAUCGUCAAGAAGCACAUUGAGUCUAACUAAGUUUAAGAAGCAUUUGAAAUCUCGAUUUACAUAUGUUUUCAAUCUCAAAUUCUCAAUGCUGUUUUACGGGAACGCAACUUGCUAUUUGAGAAUUGUAUAUAUGUUUUGGGUUUUUUUAAAGCAAAAAUGGCAAGGCUGAAGCAAGCCAAGGAAGAGGCUGAGACAGAGGUUGCUGAGCACAAAACCAGCACUGAGCAUGGUUUCCAGAGGAAACUCGAAGAGACCAGUGGAGAUUCAGGUGCAAACGUGAAGAGACUAGAGCAGGAGACUGAUGCCAAGAUCGAGCAGUUGAAGAACGAAGCUUCCAGGACUUCCAGAGAUGUUGUGGACAUGCUUCUGAAACAUGUCACCACUGUGAAGAACUGAGAUAUAUCACAACCAAACCAUCGAUUGCAAAAUGGUGUCAAGUGUUAUUUAUGAGUGGAUUCGUUCGUUCGAUUCUUUCUAGUGUUUUUGUGGGUUUGAGGAUUGAACUAUUGCUAUUGGUCUCUCUUUCAGAAGAGGUACAUUACUUUUGUGUUUGUAAUAAAAGUUAAAAAACAAAGGAACCCAUUGUAAUUUUUCUUUCAUCAAGGAGGUUGUAAGAAUAAAGCUAGUGCUAGAGCAGUUCGUGUACAUGGACUCUCCAACUUGCGUAACUAUAUGAAGAAUCAAUAACAAAAACUAGC